GGCGACGACAACAAGACUUACGCUUCUCUUGUGUUCUGCGACCGAGACACACAGCUCGACACACGCAGCUCCACACCAUGAGCAAACACUCACGCUGCGCUAUAUAGAGCGAUAAUUGUUUGCAGUUUGGCACUUUCGCUGCAUACCGAUACCGCACGUUAAGUAGGUGGUGGUUAAAAAUGCCCCGGCGUUUGCCGCAGCGAAGCGCCGACGGCCGGCGCGCAGCCUCACUACUCUCGUUUGCUGCUGUCCACUUUGCUCUCUUCUUCUUGCUGCUCUGUCGCACAGUGUGUGUAUGAAGGAGGCAGCGGAGCGUUUCCCCCAACAUGAGGCGACUGUCCAGGAAAAAGGCCCUCGGUCUGGUGAAGGAGCUGGACGCCUUCCCCAAGGUCCCGGAGAGCUACGUGGAGACGACGGCCAGUGGCGGCACAGUAUCUCUGAUUGCCUUCGGUGCCAUGGUUCUUCUGGCCUUCUUCGAAUUCUUUGUGUACCGGGAUACCUGGAUGAAAUACGAAUACGAAGUAGACAAGGAUUUCUCUAGCAAAUUAAGAAUAAAUAUUGAUAUUACAGUUGCUAUGAGGUGCCAGCAUGUUGGUGCAGAUGUGCUGGACUUGGCAGAGACGAUGGUUGCAUCAGAUGGCCUUCAGUAUGAGCCAGUUGUCUUUGAACUCUCUCCUCAACAAAGACUGUGGCAUAGGACUCUUCUGCUAAUACAGAACAGGCUGAGAGACGAGCACUCUCUUCAAGAGGUCCUGUUCAAGAGCGUGUUAAAGGGAUCCCCCACCGCCCUUCCUCCACGGGAGGACAACCCCACACAACCUUUCAAUGCCUGUAGGAUCCACGGGCACUUGUAUGUCAACAAAGUGGCGGGAAACUUCCACAUCACUGUGGGCAAAGCCAUCCCUCACCCUCGUGGACAUGCCCACCUGGCAGCCCUGGUAAGCCAUGAAACCUACAACUUCUCCCAUCGAAUAGACCAUUUGUCUUUUGGAGAGGAAAUUCCAGGAAUUAUAAAUCCUCUGGAUGGUACAGAAAAAAUCUGCUCAGAUCAUAACCAGAUGUUCCAGUACUUCAUCACCAUAGUGCCCACCAAGCUGCAUACCUACAAAAUCUCAGCAGACACACACCAGUACUCCGUCACCGAGCGGGAGCGUGUGAUCAACCAUGCAGCGGGCAGCCAUGGCGUGUCCGGGAUCUUCAUGAAGUACGACAUCAGCUCACUGAUGGUCACGGUGACAGAACAACACAUGCCCUUGUGGCAGUUCCUGGUGCGCCUGUGUGGCAUCAUUGGUGGAAUCUUCUCAACUACAGGAAUGCUUCACGGGCUGGUCGGCGCCUUGGUUGAUAUUGUCUGCUGUCGCUUCAAGCUAGGAGCCUACAAACCCAAGAAGGUCCACCCCCUGGAUACCCAUCUGAAUAAUCACACCCCCUUCUUCACAGAAAACAAUAAGCAUUAGCAGGAGCUUACUACUGAGCCUAAACCUCCAAGAGGUACACACUCUGGUAACUGCAUUCUGAAGAAUAUGUGUAAACUGUUUGGCCAUCCCCCCUUUUUUUAUAUAUAUACUUUCAUAUGAACAAGUGAUAUGAAACAAAAUAGCUGAGGUAGAAUACAUUCUGGUAACUUCCUCUGUGGGUAUGGUUUUAAUAUCCUAAUGAUUCAUAAGGCAGAUGCUGUGAAAUCUGUCUUCUAAACACAGUUUCAAAGUAGCCAUUAGAAAUACUGAAACAGCUCAUGUGACAGGGCCCUGACCAGCAAAGAGCUGCUACAAAAGUUCAUGAAAAUGUCAGUGUCCUUUGACCUCUGCGUUACCCUGGAACUGACCACUGUGUUAGUAAUGCUACACCGUUGCCAACAGCAUCAUCUUCUAAAGAAUUUUGCCUUUGUCACACACAUGACCCAGACUGUCCCCUAAAACAUUCAAAAGUGUAAAACAGAACUCAUUCAUAUAAUUUUAAAUUCUGGGCACUGAUGAAGAAAUGAUUUAAUGAAACAAAUUAGUCUUGGGAGAAAGGGUGUACUAUUGAUUCCUACAGCUUUUAGUUUUCUCUAGAGCAAUUGACCAUUCUGUCACUGCUCUACUCCCUCCCUCUUGGCUAUGGUGGGGUUGGAUACAGCUGUUUUUAUAAAGUGAAAUAUAAUGUAUUGACUGGGUGUGCUUGGUGUUUCUGGAAUAUUACUUCAAAUAAAUGUGCAGUAAAUCAA